AAACGACUGGAGGAAGCGAUUCUGGGGUUUCUGCGUCCCGCACUUCAUGUUCAAAAAGAUGCGCUGCGGCCCCUGUCAGGGGACGUGAAAAGGCGUGGUGGGCUUCAGCCAGCCUUUCUCCACUUGUUCUCCUAAGGGGGUCCCCUGGCUAUUGCCAUGGCGGGCAUGGGGCCGGGGGGCUACGCGGCAGAGUUCGUGCCACCCCCGGAGUGUCCGGUCUUUGAGCCCAGCUGGGAGGAGUUCACAGACCCGCUCAGCUUCAUUGGCCGCAUCCGGCCUUUGGCCGAGAAAACUGGCAUCUGCAAAAUCCGACCGCCCAAGGAUUGGCAACCUCCAUUUGCGUGUGAAGUAAAAAGCUUUCGAUUCACUCCAAGAGUACAGCGCCUGAAUGAACUUGAGGCAAUGACCAGAGUGAGACUGGACUUCUUGGAUCAACUGGCAAAAUUUUGGGAACUUCAAGGGUCUACUCUGAAAAUUCCUGUGGUGGAGAGAAAAAUUCUGGAUCUGUAUGCUUUGAGCAAGAUUGUGGCCAGCAAAGGAGGUUUUGAAAUGGUCACCAAAGAGAAGAAAUGGUCUAAAGUGGGUAGCCGCUUGGGAUAUCUGCCAGGAAAAGGAACUGGGUCUCUUUUGAAGUCACACUAUGAAAGGAUUCUAUACCCUUACGAGCUUUUCCAAUCUGGUGUCAGCCUUAUGGGUGUACAGAUGCCCAAUUUAGACCUUAAGGAAAAAGUGGCGUCUGAGGUUCUCAGCAGUGAUAUCCAAACCUCCCCAGAGCCGGGCACAAGAAUGAACAUUCUGCCAAAGAGAACAAGACGUGUCAAGUCUCAGUCAGAAUCUGGAGAACUGACUAGAAACACAGAACUGAAGAAGCUUCAGAUUUUUGGAGCUGGACCCAAGGUUGUGGGCCUGGCAAUGGGAACAAAAGAUAAAGAAGAUGAGGUCACCCGAAGAAGAAAAGUUACCAACAGGUCAGACGCAUUUAACAUGCAAAUGAGACAACGGAAAGGAACUCUCUCUGUUAACUUUGUUGAUCUCUAUGUUUGUAUGUUUUGUGGUCGAGGAAACAAUGAGGAUAAAUUGCUUUUGUGUGAUGGAUGUGAUGACAGCUAUCAUACAUUUUGUCUAAUUCCACCACUACCUGAUGUACCCAAAGGAGACUGGAGGUGUCCUAAGUGUGUUGCUGAGGAAUGUAACAAACCUCGAGAAGCCUUUGGAUUUGAACAAGCUGUACGAGAAUAUACACUUCAGAGCUUUGGAGAGAUGGCAGAUAAUUUUAAGUCUGAUUAUUUUAAUAUGCCAGUCCAUAUGGUUCCUACAGAACUAGUAGAAAAGGAAUUCUGGCGUCUGGUCAGCAGCAUUGAAGAAGAUGUUAUUGUAGAGUAUGGGGCUGAUAUCUCCUCAAAAGACUUUGGAAGUGGAUUUCCUGUGAAGGAUGGUCGGAGAAAGAUGUUACCAGAAGAAGAGGAAUAUGCACUUUGUGGUUGGAAUUUGAAUAACAUGCCCGUCCUGGAGCAAUCUGUUCUUGCACAUAUUAAUGUGGACAUUUCUGGUAUGAAGGUGCCAUGGCUCUAUGUAGGAAUGUGUUUCUCUUCUUUUUGCUGGCACAUUGAAGAUCAUUGGAGUUAUUCCAUUAACUACUUGCACUGGGGGGAGCCAAAGACAUGGUAUGGUGUGCCAUCUCAUGCUGCAGAACAACUAGAGGAGGUGAUGAGGGAGUUGGCACCUGAGUUAUUUGAAUCCCAGCCUGAUCUCCUACAUCAGUUAGUCACCAUCAUGAACCCCAAUGUGCUAAUGGAGCAUGGUGUACCUGUGUACAGGACCAAUCAGUGUGCUGGCGAGUUUGUUGUGACAUUUCCUCGUGCCUAUCACUCUGGAUUUAACCAGGGCUACAACUUUGCUGAAGCUGUGAACUUCUGUACUGCUGACUGGUUGCCUAUUGGACGUCAGUGUGUAAAUCAUUACCGCCGGCUAAGGCGUCAUUGUGUCUUUUCACAUGAGGAGCUCAUUUUCAAGAUGGCAGCAGAUCCAGAAUGCUUAGAUGUGGGGCUGGCUGCUAUGGUCUGCAAAGAAUUGACUCUUAUGACUGAAGAAGAAACACGUUUAAGGGAAUCUGUUGUACAAAUGGGUGUUUUGAUGUCAGAAGAAGAAGUGUUUGAACUUGUUCCUGACGAUGAGCGACAGUGUUCAGCAUGCAGAACUACAUGUUUUCUUUCUGCUCUCACGUGCUCCUGUAAUCCUGAGCGGCUUGUAUGUCUCUACCAUCCAACCGAUUUGUGUCCCUGCCCCAUGCAGAAGAAAUGUCUUAGAUAUCGCUACCCACUAGAAGACCUCCCUUCUCUUCUUUAUGGUGUAAAAGUCAGGGCACAGUCCUAUGACACUUGGGUCAGUCGAGUUACAGAAGCAUUAUCUGCUAAUUUCAGCCACAAAAAAGAUUUGAUUGAAUUGCGAGUAAUGCUGGAGGAUGCUGAGGAUAGAAAAUACCCAGAGAAUGAUCUCUUUCGAAAACUCAGGGAUGCUGUAAAAGAAGCUGAGACUUGCGCUUCUGUGGCUCAGCUGCUUCUGAGCAAAAAACAAAAACAUAGGCAAAGCUCAGAUGGUGGGAGGACUAGGACCAAACUGACAGUAGAAGAAUUGAAAGCCUUUGUCCAACAACUAUUUAGUCUUCCAUGUGUCAUCAGCCAAGCUCGACAAGUAAAGAAUUUGCUGGAUGAUGUAGAAGAAUUUCACGAACGUGCUCAGGAGGCCAUGAUGGAUGAAACGCCAGACUCUUCCAAACUUCAGAUGUUGAUAGACAUGGGUUCUAGUCUCUAUGUGGAGCUACCUGAAUUGCCUCAACUUAAGCAAGAGCUACAGCAGGCUCGGUGGCUGGAUGAAGUAAGACUGACCCUCUCAGAUCCACAACAAGUCACUUUGGAUGUCAUGAAGAAACUGAUUGACUCUGGAGUAGGGUUAGCACCCCACCAUGCCGUGGAGAAAGCCAUGGCUGAACUACAGGAGCUUCUCACUGUCUCUGAACGAUGGGAAGAAAAGGCUAAGGUCUGCCUACAGGCAAGACCUAGGCACAGUGUGGCAAGUUUAGAAAGCAUUGUGAAUGAAGCUAAGAACAUUCCAGCCUUUCUACCCAAUGUGUUGUCCCUGAAAGAAGCCUUACAAAAGGCUCGAGAAUGGACAGCUAAAGUAGAAGCUAUUCAGAGUGGCAGCAACUAUGCUUAUUUGGAGCAGCUUGAGAGUUUAUCUGCUAAAGGGCGCCCUAUCCCUGUGCGCCUUGAUGCACUGCCCCAAGUGGAGUCACAGGUAGCAGCAGCACGGGCAUGGAGAGAACGGACUGGGCGGACCUUUCUUAAGAAGAAUUCCAGCCAUACGUUGUUACAGGUGCUAAGUCCCCGGACUGACAUUGGUAUAUAUGGGAGUGGUAAAAACAGAAGGAAAAAAGUAAAAGAACUAAUAGAAAAAGAAAAAGAAAAGGACCUGGACCUUGAACCUUUGAGUGAUCUGGAGGAAGGACUGGAAGAAACCAGAGACACAGCUAUGGUGGUGGCAGUUUUCAAAGAACGAGAACAAAAAGAGAUUGAAGCCAUGCAUUCUCUCAGAGCAGCCAACCUAGCCAAGAUGACAAUGGUGGACCGCAUAGAAGAAGUAAAAUUUUGCAUUUGUCGCAAGACGGCCAGUGGGUUUAUGCUACAGUGUGAGCUCUGCAAAGACUGGUUCCAUAACAGCUGUGUUCCCCUUCCUAAAUCAGGUUCCCAGAAAAAAGGUUCCAGCUGGCAGGCGAAAGAAGUAAAAUUCCUUUGCCCUCUUUGUAUGCGUUCUCGAAGGCCCAGGCUAGAGACUAUUCUGUCACUGCUUGUAUCCCUUCAGAAGUUGCCCGUACGGUUGCCUGAAGGAGAGGCCCUACAAUGUUUGACAGAACGUGCCAUGAGUUGGCAAGAUCGGGCACGGCAGGCCCUAGCCACAGAUGAACUAUCCUCUGCCUUAGCCAAGCUCUCUGUGUUAAGCCAGCGUAUGGUGGAACAGGCAGCUCGGGAAAAAACUGAAAAGAUCAUCAGUGCAGAACUCCAAAAAGCAGCCGCCAAUCCAGACUUACAGGGACACUUACCCAGUUUCCAGCAGUCUGCUUUUAACCGGGCGGUAAGCAGUGUAUCAUCUUCCCCUCGACAAACAAUGGACUACGAUGAUGAAGAAACAGAUUCUGAUGAAGACAUUCGGGAGACAUAUGGCUAUGACAUGAAGGACACAGCCAGUGUGAAGUCCUCUAGUAGUCUAGAACCCAAUCUUUUUUGUGAUGAAGAAAUUCCCAUCAAGUCUGAGGAAGUAGUAACUCACAUGUGGACUGCACCUUCAUUCUGUGCAGAACAUGCUUAUUCUUCUGCUUCUAAGAGUUGUUCUCAAGGUUCUAGCACUCCAAGAAAACAACCUCGGAAGAGCCCUUUGGUUCCUCGAAGUUUGGAACCUCCGGUGUUGGAGUUGUCACCUGGAGCUAAAGCCCAGCUGGAAGAGCUCAUGAUGGUUGGAGACCUCCUAGAAGUAUCUCUAGAUGAAACACAACACAUAUGGAGGAUUUUGCAGGCCACCCACCCACCCUCAGAAGACAGAUUCCUACAUAUCAUGGAGGAUGAUAGCAUGGAAGAGAAACCAUUAAAAAUGAAAGGCAAGGACUCUUCAGAGAAGAAACGUAAGCGGAAGCUAGAAAAGGCAGAACAACUUUUCGGAGAAGGAAAACAGAAAUCCAAGGAGCUGAAGAAAAUGGACAAACCUAAAAAGAAGAAAUUAAAGUUAAAUGCAGACAAAUCAAAGGAACUGAACAAACUGGCCAAGAAACUGGCAAAAGAAGAAGAGAGAAAGAAAAAGAAAGAAAAGGCUGCUGCAGCCAAAGUUGAACUUGUUAAAGAGAGUACUGAAAAGAAAAGAGAGAAAAAAGUGCUGGACAUCCCCUCAAAGUAUGACUGGUCAGGAGCAGAGGAAUCUGAUGAUGAGAAUGCUAUAUGUGCUGCACAAAACUGCCAAAGGCCCUGUAAGGACAAGGUAGACUGGGUACAAUGUGAUGGUGGCUGUGAUGAGUGGUUUCAUCAAGUUUGUGUGGGUGUAUCUCCAGAGAUGGCUGAAAAUGAAGAUUACAUCUGUAUAAACUGUGCAAAGAAGCAGGGGCCAGAUAGCCCAGGUCAAUUACCACCUCCUUCCUACAUAAUGAGCUACAAACUACCAGUGGAGGAUCUUAAAGAGACCAGUUAGCAAAUGCUUGGUUAGUUUGGGACAUGGGGGGAAAUGGACCACAUUGAGACCUUAGUCAUCAAGUAAAGUGGUUUAGAUCCACUCGUAAUGUUGCUUCCAAAGAUGGCCUUCAGAGACAGUCCUCUGAGUUCUGGCUUCCUCUUUGCAUGGAUUGUGUGGGCUACAUUCCCCGUCUACACAUUUGUGCAAAGAAUGUCUUCUUGGCACAGUAGCCAGUAUUUCAACUCAUGUCUCCUUUGAGUAUGGUUUACUGCACUAAAGUCGGACACUUGAUGGAGCUCUUAGGCGGCUGGUUGGCAUUAAUAUAUUGGUGCGCUAGUAAGGCAUGUAGGAUGUGGUUUAUAGCCAGUUGAUAUUAGUUAGAGGCUUACAACCUAGGGGCAAGCACCAUGAGAAGGUGUUGAUUGCUUGAAUCUUCUUAGUUGGGGUAAUUGAAGUUAGAGAACCAUUUUCCUUCUAUCACCUGGUAUUUAAAGCUCUACCAUUAUAACGAGGAGGUACAGGCUAGAAUUACUCCUGUUAGAAGUCUUGGGAUUAUAGCCCAGUCUGUAGGCCUCAGCCACUUGUGCUUGUUUAUACCAAGAAGAAAACCCAAAUAAGAGAACCUUGCACCAUCUGAGGCAGAUCACCUUACCUUCCUAAGGAGGAGGAUGUCAUCUAGUUAGAUUGGAUUCUGGAUCUACAUUUUAGAGAAGAGCAGGUACAUGGAUCCAGGCUUCUGCACCCCCCCACCACCACCACCAAAAAAAAAAAAAGAUGAUGAUGAUGAUGAAAAUGAUGACGACAACGAGGACGACCAGUCAGAAUGUCUUAACUGAGCCACAGUGAUGCAUGCUUUUCGGGAAAACCUUCAUUUACAAGUAUUCCAGACACCACCAGGCUUCAGGCAUGGCCAUGAGCAAGACCAGCAAAUAACAGCUUUUUGCCUUGCAGCUCUGACCCCAAUGUUGUCUGCUGUCUCCAACAUGGCAACUCUGAACAUGGCAACUCUGAACAUGGCCUACAGCAGGAUGCUGUUGAAUAACACCAUGGCUUCAUCAGAGGAUGUGGGGUUGUAGUACUUCUGGGUGAUGAAGUUGUUUUAGUAAAUCCAUUUUUAAAAAGAAAAAAAGGACUUGUUUUUACUUUUUUCUAAAUGUCUCUGACUACUUACUGUUCUAUAAAUAGAUUAUUUUUCCUUUUUUAAUAUACAUAUAUGAAUAUAUAAAUAUAUAUAUUUACUGUUACCAGCAGCAUAUGACAGUUUCAGCAUCAAAAAUCCAUUUGGGAACUUGCUUUUUCUUUGUUGCUUUUUGAUAAAUCCCAGUUCCUUCCUUGUAGUACAAGGAGUUAUCACUCCCUUCUCUAUCCUAGCUUGACCAGAUCUUCCAUUUUGCUUUUGUUCCAAUGAGAUGUAUUUUCUUUUUGUGUUGGGAUUUAUUCCUGUCUUUUGGGAAACUUGGUCUUACUCUAGUCUGUGCUGGCUGUUUUUUCUUUUGUUUGUAAAUGUUUGAAACUAUGGUGCUGUGUCCUCUUCCCUGCUGUUGCAUUCUCUGUUCUUGUUAAAGGGUUAGGUGAGCAGUGUGUAAGCUCUUACUAGAAGGGGACUAAAAUUUUUAAAAGGACAAAAUAACAAAAAAUAGCGUUUUAUCUUCACUAUCUUGUGUCCUUCAUUUUGAUUUACAAAUCUGUGGUUUGACUUAAAUUCAUCAGUUGUCCUUUUAAAAGCGGGUGGGGUGGGCCUAGAAACAGCUUAUAGUCUCCUUUUCCCUUUUUUGCCCCAGUCUCUUUUAAAGAAAUGUCUUCUAGUAACUAGAAGUGAAAUGUACUGUCCAGUUACAGUUUGAGUGGGUAUGAGAUUUAACUCAAAAGUCAUCUUACUUAAAAACAGCAAAAGCUUUCUUAUAAAAUCCAGUUUCUAUAAAUGCUUUCUGUAUGGUUCAUACUACCUACUUUUUGGUCACUCUUUCCGUAGUACUUGACAACAUUUUGAGUGUUUCAACCUGUUAGAUUUGUAAAUGUUGCUGUGUGUGUGUCUUAAGAUUUCAAGUGUAUGUAUGAUUUAAGAUUUCAGUGGACAUUGCAAGGUAACUAAUUAACCAAUUUUAUGUUUUCAUUUUGCCAAACUAAAGACCAUUGGUUAAGAAGUUCAUCUGGUUAUAUUAUAGAAGAAAGCACAAUAUUUUUUGCCUUUUGGUCUUUGUAAAAGUCUUCCAGUACUUGUGGUUAAAAAUUGAAUGUAAUUCAAUUUUUCAAAAAUUCAAGAUGUAAGCAAUGGAUGCCUAGAAUACGUUUUAAGAUUUGAUUUCUCCUUCCCAAUCAUCUGUUAAUUAUGUCAUCAACAAUGGAGAAUCAUAAGAAUGCUGAGAAGAGUGGCCGUUCGGGUGCUUGGUUUCUUGAAGUGUAUAGUGGAUAAAGUUGGCUGUUUGGGAAUAAUUUGUGUGUUUGAUAAUUGUAUUUGCUUGUUGGAGACCUGGGGAAAAUACAAGGCAGUCUUCUACCCAUGAAUAGUUGCCUGUCCUUCUGACAUUUUGAAGCUUAAAUAUAUUAUUUAAUUGAUAACUGUGGGAUUUUCUGAAUUUAUUUGAAAGAUUUGGUCUGCCUUGACCACAGAUUUAAACUGAGGAGAACAGAAGAGAGAAAUUAGUGCCCUCUUCCCUCACCCAAAUGUACAAAUCUGAAGUUUUGGAAUUCACUAAGUAGGAUUCAUCUAUUUAAAGAAAUGUUGGUAUUCUAAUAUAAAGCUUUAUUGCCACUUAAAGAAAAUUACUAAUUUACAACUUACUUCAUACUUCUGUGUUAACAUUUUGUAUUAAAACUUGAUUUAAAAUGUUUCUGAACCCUUCCUGGCUCCCAAAUUUGCCAUUCUUCAUCAUAUUUUAACUUGUGUUUAAUUCUUUCUAAAGUUUUUAUCAUUGCCUUCAUUUCAAAUAUUUUGACAAAGGUAGUAGAAAAGAAACAUGGGGGGAAAAUGGUAGGUCUUUGAUAAUUCUUAAAAGGGUAAAGUCAUUAGAACUGUGCAAAUUCCCAAAUAGCAUUAGUAGUUAGCUUUCUAGUUGGGGAAAGAAGAGGGACAUUUUUUUCCUUACAAAUGUUUAUUUUACUUUCUAUAGUUACUGCAAAAAGCCAUGUUGAUAUAGAUGCUGGGCUUACUAAGCUGUUGCAAACCAUCUUUGCCUGCAUGGUUCAAACUUGUGCCUCAGUACAAUUAUAAAUUAUACUGCAUGUCGUACUUUGAAAAGGCAAACAUUAAAUCUAUGAUUGCCCACAAUCUAGUAAUCAGAAACAUGGCAAAUGCUGACAGAACUUUAAGAUCUGCAUGAUUUUACCUGUGUUUCACUUCUGUUCUUCUAUACUUUUGUCUUUACCAUGUGUCCAGGAAAUGUCAAUUUGUUUUUCUUAAUUGUUGGAUUCUGGAUGUAGUUCAGUGCAUGUGAACAAACUCCCUACUUUCCACUAUUUUAAUUCUGUAGUACAUUUGUAUACAUUAUCAGCCAGUACUUAAAGUAGGAGGAUAAAAAGAAAAAUUAAAAACCCCUCUUUAAAAGGGUGGGAUUAUUCAUUUUUUAAAAGGAGAAAGUGACAGUUUGGAGUGGGACUUGAAAAUUGUAAAUUGUGGAAAAAUGGAGCUGUUGAAGUUCCACACAUAAUUAGGUUCAAUAAAGUUUCACAUGUGAAUUAGCUUCA